AUGGCCUACAGCUGCUGCUCUGGAAACUUCUCCUCACGCUCCUUUAGGCCCUGCCUGCCCUCUUCAGGUUCCUCCUUCGGCUCUUCCUAUCCCAGCAACCUGGUCUACACCAGUUGCUCUCCCAGCACCUGCCAAGUGGAAUCGUCUCUGAACACCGGCUGUCAGGAGACCUGCAUUGAGCCCACCAGCUGCCAGAGGUCCUGCGUGGUGUCCAGGCCCUGCCAGGUGGAAUCCUCUGUGAACACUGGCUGUCAAGAGACCUGCAUUGAGCCCACCAGAUGCCAGAGGUCCUGCGUGGUGUCCAGACCCUGCCAAACAGCCUGCAACUACCCAGGGAUCGCCACACUUUGCAGUCCCUGCCAGGGAACAUGUGCUGGGUCUCUGGGCUUCUGGUGCAGCAGCUACCAAUCUCUGGGCUGUGGAUCCAGUGGCUUCAGAUCUAUGACUUACAGACUCUACAACUUCCCUUCCCUGAGUGAUGGGUCCAGAAUCUGCUACCCAACCUACUUGGCUGCUAGUUCCUGUCACCCUUGUUGUUAG